AAAACACCAAUCCCAAAGGGUAAAAGGGCCCAAAACGCCCCCGGCCCUCUCCUCCACCGGGGGCCGAUUCAGAGUUACGACAUCGUCCCGUCGUGAUUCUCGUCUUCUUCGUUCACUGUUCUCCUGUAUCCGGCAGAUCUUGGCGCUCUCUGCCUGGUUAACGGAAAAAAGCAGUUUCCGUCCUCUCGUCCGUUUCUUCUUCCAUGUCAGUAGAAAUUACACCUACUCUACCUAGCACACUACGUUGCGCGACACUUACUUGCCCUGGAGCGCUCCUUGCUUGAAACCCUCGACACCUUACGGCAGGCCACUCGCCUCUCCGCUUUCCGAUUCCAAGCAGGGCACCAAGGACAUCGACACUAGCCGCUCGCUGCCUUUCAGCAGCCCGUGACACAACAACACACUCGACUUUUUAUUUGACUCGCCCCUUGCUUCUUCUCCUGGCUACGACGACCAGCGCAUCACCACAGACUCGUCUUUGUAGUUGCAUGUGCCUUCGCCAACGGACGGGUUACAAUCGCGAAACAAACCAUUUUGUUACGAGUAUCCCUUCCAGUUUCCCCCGAGGUCUGCCCAAAGGCUCAGGAGGGAUUCACGAACAGGCAGGCUGCGACAACCAGACGCAAAAAAAGAUUCAGGCUUUUUUCCCCUUUGCGCUCCAGCUGCCCAAGGCAACACGCCUGCCACCUCUUUCCGGUACUUGAUUAGCUUCCGCACCAGUUCAACAAGGCAACGCCUGCCACGCCUACCACUCGCGCCCACAUCGACAGGCACAAUUCAACAGCGGACGGGAGCAAUAAGGCCGUCCUCCACUCCCAUCGGGAAGAACCCUCAGCUUGGCCACCAUCUCCCGGUAUCCAUAUCUGCAUUGAAUCAUCCUGCUCCUCCUUCUUAGUCCCCUUCCUUCCAAAACUGAAAACAUCCCGGCCCGGGCCACCACAAUCCAUCCCCAUCUAAAGGGCCUUGCCCCAACCCAUUCGACCCCAUUGUCCGAUUUCCUCCUUCAUUCCCCUCCCACCGGCCUUCCAUCACGUCAGUCCGUCUCCCGUCGCGCGCGCAAGGACCCCGACCGCAACUGCUGGUACAGACACAACCCACCCGGUCGCCGGCAACCCUUCUCUGCACGCAGAAGGAAUCGCGAUCGAUCAGCCCUAAAAGCACAAAACGAUGUCGACGCCCAUAACCGCCACAGCAACGCUGCCUCGCGCCUAUUCGGACCGGUACCAUUCGCAGUUUGCAUACCAGCAUCAUCAUCAGCCUUAUCCCGUCCAGGCCAACGCCUCCUCGUUUUAUUCCCAGAAUACUUCCAAUCUCCCCAGCAUUCUGUCGCCCACAGGAACACGACAACCAUUUCCAGACCCUCCUUCGGCCCAGUACUCGCUCGUCGACCACCAAUCACCAGUCAACGCGCCGCCACCUCUAAUCGCCUCCUCGGUCGUCCUCAAGCCCAUCACCCGAACGUUACCACCCCCUCACCAGUGCCCGUCUCAACAACUACCUCCCCAGCGGUUGACCCUUCAACCCGGGAUCGAUCAUACAGCCAUGGCGACAGGCCUCAACCCUGAGGGGUCCGAGCCCGCCUCACAGCAAACUCGUAAGAGGAGACGCGGAGAGACCAACUGGGCCGAGUUCUACCAAAAUGGCUUGCCUAAGGAAGUCAUCGUGAUUGACGACACUCCCGAGCCCGAGGGUACGGCCACCAGGAGCGUAGCCUCUCAAACACUGUCCAAUGCCCACAUCGUCACCAACCCGUCAGCUCCAACUCAGCCAACAGCUAAGAGGCGCAGGCCGAAUGGCCACUACGACCCUGUCCACCACGACAACUAUGUUCCUGCCCAGAACCAAACACAGCGGUCGCUGCCGUCUGCUUCCCAUUCCCUCAACUCACCCGCGUCUACUAGCAACAGCGCAAACUCGGCCCAGCACACCACGACGGCGACUUCGCUCGGCUCCCUCUCGUCGCAUAGUUACAACGAUGACUACGCCCAACCAGGCACAAAGCGGAGGAAACUCACCCGACAACAGGCCAAUGAGGCCAAGCGUCGAGAAACCGCUCAUGCCGAUACCUUUGCGGUGUAUAAACCACCUCCUUAUCCUCCUAAGAAGGCUGGCGAGGUACAUGUCAAGGUCAUUCAGGACACUUCGCCGAAUCAAAACGCCAGAGUUGAUGAUGAUGAUGGUCACAUGAUUGUGAUUCCCGGAAAUGAUCUUACGGAGAGAUACGAGAUACUUAAAUUGCUUGGCCAAGGCACUUUUGGUAAAGUCGUGCAGGCCAAAGACAAGAAGCGCAACAAGCUUGUCGCGAUCAAGAUCAUUCGGUCUGUGCAGAAGUACAGGGACGCCAGUAAAAUAGAACUUCGUGUACUGGCAACUUUGAAGGCGAACGACGAGGAGAAUAGGAACCGUUGCAUCCAUCUCCGGGAUUGCUUCGAUUUCCGUGGCCACAUCUGCAUCGUCAUGGAUUUGCUUGGGCAGAGCGUGUUUGACUUCCUGAAGGACAACAAUUUCGUGCCCUUUCCCAACAGUCAGAUCCUGGCCUUUGCUCGUCAGUUGUUCACUAGCGUGGCUUUCUUGCACGACCUCAACCUGAUUCAUACCGACCUCAAACCCGAGAACAUCUUGCUCUGCAAUCAAGAGUAUCAGACGUUUACAUACUCCCGCACCAUUCCGUCAUCUUCCACGCUCACCAAUCGCAGAGCCGUGCAUAGAAAGGUUCUUCUAGACACAGAGAUCAGGCUCAUCGAUUUUGGGUCCGCCACCUUUCAAGAUGAAUAUCAUUCAUCUGUCGUAAGCACGCGACAUUAUCGUGCGCCCGAAAUCAUACUUGGACUGGGGUGGUCCUUUCCCUGCGACAUCUGGAGCAUUGGCUGCAUCCUGGUCGAGUUUUACACAGGUGACGCUUUGUUCCAGACGCACGAUAACCUGGAGCAUCUCGCAAUGAUGGAGGCUGUAGUCAACCAUAAAAUUGACCCUUCGCUUGUCCAACAAGUCAACAGGAUGACCAGGAAUGGUGGAAACCCGGCCGCGAAGUUUUUCAAGCGCUCGAAACUGGACUACCCUGCUCCCGAUACCACCCGUGCAUCCAAGAGAUUCGUAAAGGGCAUGAAACCUCUCGAUGAGAUUAUCCCUGCUAGAAAUAGUCGCUUUCUUGCUCUGUUCCUGGAUCUUCUAAAGAAGAUCUUUAUGUAUGAUCCCAAUAAGCGUAUCACCGCCAGGCAAGCCCUUGAGCACGAAUGGUUCAGAGAGCACCUCCCGCCAGACGACGGUACCGAAGCCACCCGAAUCAGGCUCGAAAAGGAAGCAGAAAGACAACGCCGGGAGGUGGAAGCGCGAAGAACUAUGCUACCGGCCAUGCACGCAGCAUGACGCUGGAGUCCUCCUCGACUUAUCGACGAGGGGCAAGCGUGAGUUCUUGCGGGAAUUUCAGAAUUCCAAGCCUGAGGCGGCGCUCGAGAGGAAAUACUUUGGGAUUCGAGAGGUCGGUGGCGAUACGGAGCAGAGCGGUGGCCGAUGCAUUUCUCCCGGUCUCAGCCUCCCAAAAAGUGACACUGGGUCGAAGAGACAUGUACAGUGUCACCUAAAUUCCAAGCGCGAGGAGAGUGGGUGAAGUCGUGCCCCCGGCUCGAUCUCCCCUGACGCGGCCGGCUCAACAGCAAAGCCAUGCUGCGCAGACAUCCCGACCUCGGAAGACCUCGCCAGGGAGUAUUGCGAGAGGCAGAGCAAGACUAGAAAUGUCCCAACUGGGUCAUUAUGUUCAUCUUGGAACGAAUGUGUCAAGUCGAUGACCUGCCACCCCGCUGGCUUCUGGCCCUCUCUUGAAGCAUGAAGCGAAACUGCAAAUUGCACCAAGCGUUGUCCCAUUUUGUCGUGGAUGGCACCAUUCCAAAGUUGUCGUUGGGCUACCAAGACAUUGCUGUCCUCCAGAAUUAUUUUUUAAAAAAAAUUCACCACUCUCACUACCACCAAUCCGCUGCUUAUGGACGAGGCACAGUCACAGUCAAUUUGCAGCCUUAUAUGGAUUAGAUUUCUUUUCAUUAUCAUGACAUUGAUGAGCGAAUUCCGGAAGGGAGGAUAGUUGAAAGGAUGGUUAAGGGUUUUGACUCGUUGGCUUAUGGACCUAGCUUUUCCGUCCGGAUUUCUUUGUGUUCCGAUUCCCAGUUAUACUUCCGUUAAUGGUCAAGGGCCAUCUUCCAUCUGGUGUUACUCGAAGGUUAGGUGUCCGACGUGAGUGAGGCAGAUUGCGGUAAGAUUGGGUUGUACUCUGGUCGAGACUAACCGCGCACGUCCUUGUGAGCCGACGAUUAUGCUUCGUUCUACCAAAUUACCGGCAAACCAUUUUGCAGGCGGGAACGAUUCUUUGGUUUUUCUGCACACACCAAAUCUGGUUCAAAAGGUAUGAGAUGGAAUUCAGGCACACGCUGGAGUUUAUUAUAAAAGGAUGGGAAUAUGGAGGAACAUGACCGGUUCUUUCAACAUAUCAGUGAAGUAAGUUCCUUUACCGUUGGGUUCGUGGGGAAGGAUAUCUGUAAAACUUGGACACGACAGGCAAAGCGAAAAAGUGCACGACGAUUGGGAAAGCUACGGGGAGAAAGCGUGCCGGUGUAUCGGACAAGUGUGGGGAUGAGGUAUUGGGGUUUGAUGCAUUCUCCAUGAGGGAGAAGACAUUAAAUUUAACCAUAAAGAGUUGAUCCAGUUGAAGAUUCACGACUCGACAAAGACCGCCCUGGCAAUUCCACCCAUCUAUGCAACUGGAGAGUAAAAAAAAGGGGGUAUGCAUU